UGAAUAUAGAAGUACCAUUUCUGUUCAAGUAUGCAGUUGAUUAUCUUAAUUUACAUACUGGUGCAAAUUUGAAUUUAGAAACAGCUCCUUCCACUAUAAUGACUAUGGCUAUGGCCAUUAUCAUUGGUUAUGGAGCUACUAGAACUGGAGCUGCUCUGUUUAAUGAGUUGAGAAAUGCUGUGUUUGCCAAAGUAGCAAAUAACUCAAUUCGACGAGUUGCAAGAAGUGUGUUUUUGCAUCUUCAUAAUUUAGAUCUCAGUUUUCAUUUAUCUCGGCAAACUGGAGCAUUAUCAAAGGCUAUUGACAGAGGGACAAGGGGAAUAAAUUUUGUCCUAUCUGCAUUAGUUUUUAAUGUGGUGCCAACAGCAUUUGAAGUAGCUCUAGUUAGUAGCAUUCUGUACUAUAAAUGUGGUGGAAAAUUUGCACUAGUAACUCUUGGAUGUAUUGGAACUUAUGCAGCUUAUACUUUGGCAGUUACACAGUGGAGAACACAUUUUCGUGUGGAAAUGAACAGAGCAGAAAAUGAGGCUGGCAAUAAAGCUAUAGAUUCUCUUAUAAAUUAUGAAACUGUAAAAUAUUUUAACAAUGAAGCUUAUGAAGCUGAGCAGUAUGAUAAAGCUCUGGCUAAAUUUGAAGAUGCCUCUUUAAAAACAACAACCAGUCUUGCAUUGCUCAACUUUGGUCAGAAUGCUAUAUUUAGUAUUGCUUUGACUGCAAUUAUGGUUAUGGCAAGUGAAGGAAUAGUCAAUGGUACUCUGACUGUUGGUGAUUUGGUGAUGGUUAAUGGUCUAAUUUUCCAGUUGUCACUUCCUUUGAAUUUCUUGGGGUCUGUCUAUCGAGAAGUCCGCCAGUCUUUGAUAGACAUGCAGACAAUGUUUGCUAUUUUAAAUAUACAGACACCUCUUCAGAGUUCACAGAUUCCAUCUUUGAAUAUAUCUCGAGAAGAAGCUGAAGUUGUUUUUGAAAAUGUUACUUUUGAAUAUGUGAAAGGCCAGAACAUUUUGUCAAAUCUUAGUUUCAAAGUACCUGCAGGCAAAAAAAUUGCAUUAGUUGGCAGCAGUGGUUCUGGGAAAUCUACUAUUGUGAGACUUUUAUAUCGAUUUUAUGAGCCACAAGCUGGAAAGAUUUAUGUUGCUGGCAAAGAUAUUACUGAAAUGGAUGUAAACAGCUUAAGAAAAGCUAUCGCUGUUGUUCCACAGGAUGCAGUAUUAUUUCAUGACACAAUAUUUUAUAAUUUGCAUUAUGGUGACUUUUCUCGUCCAGAAAAAGAUGUUUUUGAAGCUGCAAAACUGGCAGAGCUACAUGAUUCCAUUAUGAAAUGGCCAUUUCAGUAUAAUACUCAGGUGGGAGAACGAGGAUUGAAACUUUCAGGUGGGGAAAAGCAGAGAGUUGCAAUUGCUCGAGCAGUACUGAAAAACUCACCCAUUCUUAUAUUUGAUGAAGCCACAUCUGCUUUAGAUUCGAUCACAGAAGAAAAAAUUCUGGCUGCCCUUCAAAGAGCAGCUGAAGGUCGAACUUCAAUAUGUAUUGCCCACAGACUGUCAACUGUUAUGAAUGUGGAUGAAAUAUUAGUUUUGGACAAAGGGACAGUGGUUGAGCGUGGAAAUCAUAAUAAAUUAAUAUCAGAUCCUAGGAGCUUGUAUUUCAAACUAUGGCAGAAGCAACAUCAAAUACUUCCUGAUCCUAAAAAACCUAGUUAAAAUUGAAAUAUUUAGGUUUCUUUCUUUUUUUUUUUUUUUUUUUUACUGUAGAAAACGGAAAAGUUUAAUUAAUUACUGUACAUUGAUUAGAUUUUAAUGUAGGAAAGUGUGAUAAAAUAAUACUUAAAGGAAUUUAAAUAGCUUGUAAAUGUUUUUAAGAAAUUUUUGUACAAAGAUUUUUUUUUCAAAAAUUAUGAUAAUUAUUUUUUUAUUCUAAAACUGAAUUUCAAGAACAAAUUAAAAGAAUUUUAUCUCUGACUAUUUUGCUUUAAAAUCAUUAUCAACUGUGAAGUUGAUUGUUUUGCAUUAUGAUAUAAAAUUGAAAUAAAUCUGUAUUGUGAGUAGCUGUUAAUCUGUAUAGAUGAAAAGUUAUAUAGAAAUAGAGCUAUGUAAGUUAUGUAAUGUACAUAUAUGUUAUUUAUAGAAGGGAAAUGUGAAAUUAUAAUAAAUCAUUACCUCCUUCGGAAUAUUUUCUACAACGAUUGCAAUAACAAUCAUUUGAUUCUAGUCAUGUAAAUUCAAGAAUAUCUGUUUUAAUGGUGGUGGUUUUCAGAAUUUUCAUUUUAAAAAGUUUUUCUGUGUAAUAAAAAUAAUAUUGAUUGUAAAUUAAGAACAUUAUAAAAUGUAAAGGUUCAUGUAUUAUGAAUAGUAAAAUAUCUCAUGUAAUAUUUUCUGUUAUUUCUUCUUUUGAUUGUAUAAUAACUGUAAGUGAUAAACAUAAGAGAUUAAAUUUUUGUGAAAAGAAAAUGAGAUUAAUCCUCCAAGGUUUAUGGGUAUAAUAUUCUGUAUUGAAAGAUAGCUUUUCCAUUUGUUACGCAUGGAAAAUUUUGCCAAAUCCUGAUCAAACCGAUAUCGGAUUCAAUGUGUAUUGCAAGAAAAGGAGUCAGGGUACAAACUGAGUGAUUUUUGAAUUAUAAUCAAGAAAAUAACAUUCAUGACAUUUUGGGGAACUUUAAAAUUUUAGCGCCAAACCCAUAAGCUUGGAGGCUUAAAGAUGCUAUACGAUUUUUUACUAAGAUUUUUACCUAAAAUUUAUUAAAUAUGUAUAUAAAUGUUUUAUGUAUGGUGCUGUAAUUUUUAUUUAUAAAAACUAGGGUAUAUAAUUUCAAUUUAUAAAUAUGGUAUUUAUGCAUUGGGUUAUCCUGAAUCUCCAAAUAUUCCAACUUAGCAGUCAAAUUGUAAUUUUUAUUUUCUGACUCUACAUCUCCAAAUUUGUUGCUUCUUUUGAAUUUUUAAAAAACUAAUGAUAUUUUGUAAAAAUAUUUAUGACAAAAUAGAACAAUUAUUUAUUGCAAUAAAAUAUUUUUUAUGAAAAUAAAUUUUCUUAAAUGUAAGUCUGCAUUUAAUGUAAAUAAAAUGUUUUCAUUAUUACAUACUUUAAACUGAUAAUACGGUUUUUAAUAACGAUACGAGCUUAUUAUUAUAUUUUUAAAUAUUUAUGUGCUUAGUUGCAGUAAGCUAGUUUUAGUUGCAGUAGAAUUCAUAUAAAAUUAUGCAAAUUAUUAUGAAAAUUAUCUCAUAGAAUUUUUGCAUCCAUCUAAGGAUACCUAAUAUUAGUUUAAAAUCAUUGUUAUCCUAACUUUUUCGGUCUUUGUGCUGUAGAAUGCAAAGGUUGAUAACAGAAGAUAGAUAAUUACUUUCAAAAUGAAGAACGAAACUGCAAGUACAAUUCUCAUUUUUUCAAAGGGAGGGGUGUAAUUCAUAAAAUAAUGCUGCCUAUCUAUUUCAAAUAAUUAUAGGGAAAAAAACUAUUUUGUUUGCAUUCAGAAAAUAUCUUAAGAG